UGUAAGUCGGCCCCUGCCACCGGAGGUGUGAAGAAACCUCAUCGUUACAGGCCCAGUACCGUGGCUCUGCGUGAGAUCCGUCGUUAUCCGUCGUUUGAGACCCGCACGUUGUCGUUCAAACACCUUGUUCGUGAGAUUGCAAAAGACUUCAAGACCGACUUGCGGUUCCAGAGCUCUGCCGUAAUGACUCUGCAGAAGUCUUGCGUCAUGGUUCUGUAUGAGGCAUACCUCGUGGGUCUGCUUGAGGACAUCAGCCUAUGCCCCUUCAACGCCAAGCGUUUGACGAUUAUGCCCAAGGACAUCCAGUUGGCAAGAUGUAUCCGUGGAGAGCGUGCCUAAGCGAGCUCACUUCUCAUCUGGUUCAUCCAGCGAAAAACAGCGAUCACCGGCCCACGAAACGAACGGUCCUUUUCAGGACCAAACCGAGUUCCCUAUUGAUGCUGUUACUUUGCUGAGUUAUGUGUUGUUGUCCCCCGCCCCACCCCACCUCUGUGUGUGUAUUGAUUAUUGUUGUUGUUGUUGUUGGUUGUGCCUCCUUAAAUAUAUAAAGCGCAAACCGCUGGCAGAGGCAGGUACAGAAUGAGAGUGA